GAUGUUUUAAGAAUUCCUUGAUGGAUUAGGAAGCCUGAAGCAUAAACCUGUUGCCUUGAAGCAAGUGAAAAAGAUUUUAAAGAUUGAAGAAAAAAGUUUACCUAAAAACAUAACAAAUUACUUUGUAGAAUUUACUAAACAUACCUCACAUAAGUGGUAACGAAAGGAUAAAAUGAUAUUUAUAUGGACUACUCUAAAAUAUUUAGAGAAAUAGGGUCGUACAGACUUAAAACCUGUAUGAAUUUAUGUUUAAAUUGAUUAGAACGAUGAUGAUUGGAUAGCACUAUCAGAAAUCCUUGGAGCACCUCCUGAACUGUUAAAUUCGAAAUGGAUAGGAAUGUUAAAAACCGAUUUGAAACAGUCUCCAUGGACUCCUGAAGAGGAUGAUCUUCUAAGAAAAGUGAUGACGCAAAAAUUUAUUUCAUGGACUCAUGUUGCUUUGGAAUAUAACCGUGCUAGUCCAAUUAUGAGACAUGCAAAAUAAGUGAGGGAACGAUGGAAUAAUUAUUUAGACCCUGAUCUAAACAAAUGUCCAUGGACUGAAUCAGAAUAAAUUCAACUGCUGCAGUUAGUUUAAAAUCAAGGAAAAAAGUGGUCUGUGAUUUCUAAAUAAAUAAAAGGUAGAACUGAAAACUAAGUCAAAAACGCUUACAAUUCUUUAAUAAAUUCUUACAGAAGGAAUCACGUAUUCUUUUUUCUUAAAAAAUAUUAGAUGUAAACCCUCGAUUCAGAUGAGAUAAUUGUUUCUAAAUUAUUAUCCAAACUAGAUCCCCCACUCUUAUAAGCCAAUGCAAGCACUCCUAUGAUUUAACCUAUGCCCACUCUUCAAUAACAAUUACUUAUGUAGGCUUUGCUCAUCGAAAGAUUGAAAAGCAUGGCCUUUUUCGCUUAAUUACCAGGUUUCCUGGCAGCCCAAUAAUAACAAAGUUGAUAU